ACGAAGACGACAACAUGAAAUUUACGGUUGUAUUCGUUGCAUCCCUGGCCGUGGUGGCCCUUGCCAGUGAGGAGAAGGGCACCAAAUCGGUAGCCACCGAUGAGAAAAAACAGGACAAGCGUGGAAUCUAUGACACUGGUUCUGGAUAUGGCGGUGGUUAUCAAAUUGGUGAUGGAGGACAUGGAGGUUAUGGUGGCUACGGCGCCGAAAGUCACGGCGUUGGCGGCGGAAACUUCGAAGGUCACUAUGAUGGAGGCCAUGCCGAGUUUGGAGGCGGCUCCGACUCUUGGAAACCCAUUCACAGCGAUCACCAUCAAGUAAAGCACGUAGAAGUCAUCAAAAAGGUCCCCGUACCCUACACUGUAGAAAAACACGUCCCAUACACAGUUGAAAAGAGAGUCCCUUAUGAGGUCAAAGUACCCUACCCCCAGCCCUACACCGUUGAGAAGAAAGUUCCAGUCACUGUCAAGGAGUACGUCAAGUACCCAGUCUACGUACCAGAGCCUUACACAGUAGAGAAGAAAGUGCCUUACGAAGUUAAAGUACAUGUCGACAAGCCUUAUGAAGUCAAGAUACAAGUACCCCAACCCUAUGAGGUUAUCAAGAAAGUCCCCUACGAAGUUAAAGUUCCCGUACCCCAACCCUACACUGUUGAAAAGAAAGUCCCAGUUCCCGUCAAAUAUGAAGUGAAGGUACCCCAACCCUAUGAAGUAGUUAAGAAAGUGCCCUAUGAAGUCAAGGUCCCCGUGGACAAACCCUACCACGUAUACGUUCCCAAACCAUACCCAGUACCAGUUGAGAAACCAUACCCAGUAACUGUCCACAAACCAGUACCAUACGAAGUUAAGGUCCCAGUUGACAGGCCUUACAAGGUUGAAGUUGAGAAACCCUACCCAGUACCAAUCAAGGUGCCAGUACCAAAACCUUAUGACGUGUACAAGAAAUUCCCUUACACCGUUGAGAAGCAAGUUCCUUACGAAGUAAGAGUGCCCAUCGACAAACCAUACCCAGUUUACAAAGAAGUACCUGUCCCAUUGGUGAAGGAAGUCCCUUACCCAGUAAAACAACACGUUCCCGUGCAUUUAAAGGUUCAAGAAGAGCAUCAGCACCACGGCUGGCAUUGAUUGAAAUACAAAUAGGUCUCACUCCAGUACCUUAUAGGCUAAGUCGCAUUGUGAUCAUUUAGUAUUCGUAGUAUUUAAAGUCAAAUAAUUUUUAUUCUGCAAACAUUUAUGUUUUGCAAGAUGAAAAUUUAUUUGACGAGUUUGAUAAAAAUG